GGCGGGACCAACAAAGAUGGCGGCGGCCCCUGCGGCGGGAGAGAUCUGGGCAACAGCUGCGGCUAAAGCUGCAGCCCGGCCCUCGGGGGGGCUGCACGGGGGUAGUAGGGGGUGGCCCUGAGCUGGGGCUCGGCCCCGGCUGGCCUCCCCCGCCGCCUCACCGGGGGACAGGUCCAGCCCGUGGUGUCCACAAUGCCCCAGGCCUCUGAGCACCGCCUGGGCCGGACCCGAGAGCCACCUGUUAAUGUCCAGCCCCGAGUGGGAUCCAAGCUACCAUUUGCCCCAAGGGCCCGAAGCAAGGAGCGCCGAAACCCAGCCCCUGGGCCGAACCCCAUGUUAAGACCUCUGCCUCCCCGGCCAGGUCCCCCUGAGGAACGGCUCAAGAAACUGGAGCUGGGACGGGGACGGACCUCAGGCCCUCGUCCCAGAGGACCCCUUCGGGCAGAUCAUGGAGUUCCCCUGCCUGGCUCACCACCCCCAACUGUGGCUCUGCCUCUCCCUUCCAGGACCAACCUAGCUCGUUCCAAGUCUGUGAGCAGUGGGGACUUGCGUCCUAUGGGGAUUGCCUUGGGAGGGCAUCGUGGUACUGGAGAGCUAGGGGCUGCACUGAGCCGCUUGGCGCUCCGGCCUGAGCCUCCCACUCUGAGACGUAGCGCCUCUCUCCGCCGCCUCGGGGGCUUUCCUGGUCCCCCCACCUUGCUCAGUAUACGGACGGAGCCCCCUACUUCCCAUGGCUCCUUCCACGUCAUAUCUGCCCGGCCCUCUGAGUCUUUCUACUCCGAUGACAAAAUGGCUCAUCACACACUGCUUCUGGGCUCCGGCCAUGUUGGCCUCCGAAAUCUGGGGAACACGUGCUUCCUGAACGCAGUGCUACAGUGUUUGAGCAGCACUCGGCCUCUUCGGGACUUCUGUCUGCGAAGGGACUUCCGGCAAGAGGUGCCUGGAGGGGGCCGAGCCCAAGAGCUCACUGAAGCCUUCGCAGAUGUGAUUGGUGCCCUGUGGCACCCUGACUCCUGUGAAGCUGUGAAUCCUACUCGAUUCCGAGCUGUCUUCCAGAAAUACGUUCCCUCCUUCUCUGGAUACAGCCAGCAGGAUGCCCAAGAGUUCCUGAAGCUCCUCAUGGAGCGGCUACACCUCGAAAUCAACCGACGGGGCCGCCGGGCUCCGCCAAUCCUGGCCAGCAGUCCAGCGCCCUCUCAGUCCCGCCGGGGAGGAGUGCUGCUGGAGGAACCUGAGUUGAGUGAUGAUGACCGAGCCAACCUAAUGUGGAAGCGCUACCUGGAGCGAGAAGACAGCAAGAUUGUGGACCUGUUUGUGGGCCAGUUGAAAAGUUGUCUCAAGUGCCAGGCCUGUGGGUAUCGCUCCACGACCUUCGAGGUUUUUUGUGACCUGUCCCUGCCCAUCCCCAAGAAAGGAUUUGCUGGGGGCAAGGUGUCUCUGCGGGAUUGUUUCAGCCUUUUCACCAAGGAAGAAGAGCUGGAGUCAGAGAAUGCUCCAGUGUGUGACCGAUGUCGGCAGAAAACACGAAGUACCAAAAAGUUGACAGUACAGAGAUUCCCCCGAAUUCUCGUUCUCCAUCUUAAUCGAUUUUCCGCCUCCCGAGGCUCUAUCAAGAAAAGUUCAGUAGGUGUGGAUUUCCCGCUGCAGCGACUGAGCCUAGGGGACUUUGCCAGUGAUAAAGCCGGAAGCCCCGUCUAUCAGCUGUAUGCCCUCUGCAACCACUCGGGCAGCGUCCACUAUGGCCACUACACAGCCCUGUGCCGGUGCCAGACUGGUUGGCAUGUGUACAAUGACUCUCGUGUCUCCCCUGUCAGUGAAAACCAGGUGGCGUCCAGUGAGGGCUAUGUGCUGUUCUACCAACUGAUGCAGGAGCCACCCCGGGGCCUGUGA